AAUGCAUAUGUAUAUACACACUUGACAUCUGUUCUUAUCAGAAAUAACAUUCUCAUACGAGGGAAAAGUAUUUACGGAUUUGUGAAUUGGCGGAAGGAAGUUGAAUAGAGUAAUCGCAAAAUAGGAUAUUUACAUAAAGUGUAUAAGGAGGUGCAAAGAGUAAACAAGUUGAAAAAUAUAAACUUAUGAGUGCAUUUUGGUGAUAUGUGUUAAAAGAUUCAUCAGCAUUGUUUCGAGCGACGACUUGUAUUAAAUUUAAUUAAAAAUACACACUAUUCAAAUAAUUCAUCAACACAACGCACGUACAUACAUAUGUUCAUAGGGUCCUAUUUGUUACUAAAGGAAUAAAAGCAAUACAAAAUAAAGAUGAGUGAUCGAGAACUACAAAGUUGUAACUCGGGUGGACAAUUUAUGGAUCGUGGGCGUAUGAAUCAAAAUGGUGUUGUACAACCUCUUUUAACGGAUUUGUACCAAAUAACAAUGGCAUAUGCUUACUGGAAGUCUGGUAAAACUGAGGACCAAGCAGUAUUUGAUUUGUUUUUUCGCACGAAUCCGUUUCAUGGAGAGUUUACCAUUUUUGCUGGAUUGGAGGAAUGCCUAAAAUUUUUAGACAGCUUUCACUAUUCAGAUAGCGAUAUUGAAUACCUCAGGCAAACAUUACCCGAGGGAGUAGAGAAUGACUUUUUUAACUACUUAGCUAGUUUAACAGCAAAAGAUGUUACUUUAUAUGCCAUUGAUGAGGGCACAGUAGCAUUCCCCAGAGUACCUAUUAUCAAAGUGGAAGGCCCGUUGAUAAUUGUGCAGUUACUAGAGACAACUUUGUUGACGUUGGUAAAUUAUGCCAGUUUAAUGGCAACGAAUGCGGCACGUUAUCGCAUGGUGGCAGGCAAACAUGUUAAACUGUUGGAAUUCGGCUUACGACGCGCUCAAGGACCCGAUGGUGGGCUAUCAGCUUCAAAAUAUUCCUACACAGGUGGUUUCGAUGGUACCUCCAAUGUGCUGGCAGGAAAACUUUUCAACAUACCAGUCAAGGGCACUCAUGCGCACGCUUACAUAACUUCAUUUUCUGGUAUUGGCGAGUUAAAGACACGUUUGUUACGGCAUAAGACGACAGGCAUUACCGGUGACCUACUGGAUCAUGCAGUGCGACAUCGUCAGGCGUUGGCAAAUGUACUCGAUGUGUCACAAGAAGAGUCGAGCGAAGGCGAGUUGGCCGCCAUGGUGUCCUAUGCAAUAGCGUUUCCCGAUGGAUUUAUGGCGCUAGUCGAUACGUAUGAUGUUAAGAGCAAAGUUCAACCUACGAAAUCAAAUAGUGAAGACAGCGCAAAAGAUUACAAAACGCCAAACAAAUUAACUAAAUUAAAUGGCCAAAAUCUUCAGGCGGCGGCUAAUGGAUAUGGUGCUUCUAAGAACUUUCAAGUCAAAAAAGAAAGUCAAAAUACUACUACGAUUCGAAGAUCAUUUGCUGAGGCAAGUUCACCAUUGAGUUCAAGCCGUAAAGCUAACGUCACCAUUCGAAACAAAACUUCCCAACAACCACCGAUUGAGUGUCAUAUUUCUAUGUUGAACCAAUCUUUAUCUUCAUCACCUCCAAACGCGUAUCUGUCAAAAUAUGUCGAGAAGUCAUUCAGAAGCGGACUUUUGAAUUUCUCUGCUGUUGCAUUAGCACUCAACGAUUUAGGCUAUCAUGCGGUUGGUAUUCGUAUCGAUUCCGGCGAUUUGGCCUAUUUAUCCUGUUUGGCGCGUGAAACAUUCGAAAAGGUUGCUGAACGUUUCAAAGUGCCAUGGUUCAAUAAAUUGACAAUUGUAGCGUCGAAUGAUAUUAAUGAAGAUACAAUUCUUAGCUUGAAUGAGCAGGGCCAUAAAAUCGAUUGUUUCGGAAUCGGUACACAUUUAGUGACUUGUCAACGCCAGCCAGCCCUGGGUUGUGUUUACAAGCUAGUAGAAAUAAAUGGACAGCCGCGUAUGAAAUUAAGUCAAGAUGUCGAAAAGGUGACCAUGCCGGGACACAAAAAUGCUUUCAGACUGUACAGCGCCGAUGGCCAUGCUUUGAUAGAUUUGUUGCAAAAGGUUACGGAACCACCCCCAAGUAUUGGUCAAAAGGUUUUAUGCCGCCAUCCGUUUCAAGAAUCGAAGCGUGCCUACGUAAUUCCCUCACAUGUUGAAUUAUUGUACAAAGUCUUUUGGAAGGACGGUAAAAUAACGCAACAGCUGCCUACGCUGGAACAAGUUCGGGAGAAGGUACAAAUUUCUCUUAAAACAUUGCGGAAUGAUCACAAACGCACACUAAAUCCAACGCCCUACAAGGUUGCUGUUAGUGACAACUUAUACAAUUUCAUACACGAUUUGUGGUUGCAAAAUGCACCAAUCGGCGAACUCUCAUGAUCUAUAUAAGUACCUUGGCUAUGUCGUGGCGCAAAUCGCGAAUUUCGUGAAGAAUUUUACUGAAAUUUGUUAUAAAACGCAAAAAAUUUACAAAAUAUCUUUAUACAUUUAUUGAGUUUCUCUCAAUGACAUCUAUUUGAUUGGUUUAAUGUAUAAGUGUAUAUCUACUUAAGGUGACUUAGUUUUAAACGAUUGUGAAAGUCACCAUGGGCUACACUAAAAUUUACUUGAUUUGUUCUUUAUCACAGAACACGUUGCGGAUGUGUGGAUGUAUACUAUCAUGCUUAUUAGAAAUGAUAAUGUACACAAAUUAAAGCAAAAGCUGCAUAUGUAUGCAUAUAUUUAGAUUGUUAAAUAUAAUUUAUGCUGUAUUAGGACAUUAAACAUUACAUAUUGAAACAAAAUUUGUGCACAACUUUUCAGGAAUGUGGCUUGUGCCUUAAUGUACACAGACCCAAUUGUAUAUAAAAACACAUAUAUAUGUACAUAAGUAAAAUUGUUACUUAUUUAAGAAGAUAUGUAUGUUUGUAGAUAUUCGUGUGAGCUUAUAAUAUGUUCGUUUCAAUUAAAAUGUAGUUUUAAAUA